CCAACCAAUGUCAUCAUCGCAUUUGAAAACUAAAAUAUAAGAAUCCACCCAUAAAGGUACCACGUCAUCACCAAAACAGCCUAGACAGUUUCAUACAAUUUUGAAAAUCACCUUCAUUCUCGCGCAAGCUUCUCAUCAAAAUUCAAAUCACCCGCUCAUAUUCUGCAUUCAAACCCUCUACUCCCUUUAUAAAAAUUCACACACACCCCUCAUUCUGCAACCAACCCAAUCUCUGCAACUCAAAGCACACACUCUCUCUCUCUCACACACACACACACACAAAAUGCCGGCACUCCCUGAAGAACCCUUGCUGGCCCCAAACCCAGAUCGAUUCUGUAUGUUCCCAAUUCAAUACCCACAAAUAUGGGAAAUGUACAAGAAAGCCGAGGCAUCGUUCUGGACUGCCGAGGAGGUCGAUCUCUCCCAAGAUCUCCGUCAUUGGGAAUCUCUAACCUCCGACGAGAAGCACUUCAUCACUCAUGUCCUCGCCUUCUUCGCCGCCUCCGACGGCAUCGUUUUGGAGAACCUCGCCGGUCGCUUCAUGAAAGAGGUCCAAGUCGCCGAGGCUCGUGCCUUCUACGGCUUCCAGAUCGCCAUCGAAAACAUCCACUCCGAAAUGUACAGUCUCUUGCUCGAAUCAUUCAUCAAGGAUUCGAAUGAGAAGAACAGACUCUUUCGCGCGAUCGAGACCGUCCCUUGUGUGGAAAAGAAAGCAAACUGGGCCCUCAGAUGGAUCAACGGCUCAGAAUCGUUCGCUGAACGCAUCAUCGCUUUCGCGUGCGUGGAAGGAAUAUUUUUCUCUGGAAGCUUCUGUGCGAUAUUUUGGUUAAAAAAACGCGCGUUAAUGCCUGGAUUGACCUUUUCAAACGAGUUGAUCUCGCGAGACGAAGGCUUACACUGUGACUUUGCUUGUUUGCUUUAUGGGUUGUUGAGGAUGAAACCGAGUGAGGACCGAGUUAGGAGAAUCGUUGCUGACGCGGUGGAUAUAGAGAGAGAGUUCGUGUGCGACGCAUUACCGUGCGCUUUAGUGGGAAUGAACGGUGAUCUGAUGAGUCAGUACAUUGAGUUUGUGGCUGAUAGGUUGUUGGGAGCUUUGGGAUAUGGAAAGAUGUACGGUGUACAGAACCCGUUUGAUUGGAUGGAGCUGAUAUCGUUGCAGGGGAAGACUAAUUUCUUUGAGAAGAGGGUUGGGGAGUAUCAGAAGGCUUCCGUGAUGUCCAAUUUGAAUGGAGAUGGUGGGACCCAUGUGUUUAAGAUGGAUGAGGAUUUCUGAUGCAAAUUAUAUUUGUGUACUUAUUUUUUUACUCACAUGGUGGGGGUUGAUUGUUUGUUUGUUCAAUUUCUUUCUCAAGAUAUCACAAAAGAAAAAAAUGUAAAAUUUGCUUUUAU